CUUGACGUCGUGAAGCUCUGCAGUCCACGAGGGCAGAUUGGUUGCAUGCUCAGAGUCAACUGUACUGCCUGUGCACUUCUUGCAAGCUUCUUUUAUUGACGAUUACACUAGCUCUCAUGUUUGCAUAGUCAUAUCCUUCCAUCAGCCCCUAUUUGCCUUUGCUCUCCUCAAAUGGCUCCCUUGCGUCUCCGCAUAGACGGCCGCGUGUUUCGCGACGAGCACGACCGCGAGAUUACCCUCCACGGGAUUAACGUCGCAGGUGAUGCGAAGUUUCCCACCAUUCCCGAUCUGCCCUCCCAUGUUGCUGAGAAUUUCUUCGAAGGCGACACUGUAUCCUUCGUUGGCCGCCCCUUCUCCGUCGAUGAGGCCCACGUACAUUUUGCUCGCUUAAAGAGAUAUGGUUACAACACUAUACGAUAUGUUUUCACAUGGGAAGCCAUAGAACAUGCUGGCCCGGGAACAUAUGAUGAAGAAUGGAUUCAACAUACUAUUUCAGUUCUGCGUCUCGCCGGAGAAUAUGGGUUUAUGGUUUUUAUGGACCCUCAUCAGGACGUAUGGUCGCGCUUCUCUGGAGGUUCAGGUGCCCCUAUGUGGACUAUAUAUGCCUGUGGGCUCAAUCCUAAGACAUUCCACGUAACAGAAGCGGCCUUAGUUCAGAAUGUCUACAAAGACCCUAUCACAUUCCCUAAGAUGAUAUGGGCUACCAACUAUCAGCGAAUGGCUUGUCAAGUGAUCUUUACGCUCUUUUUCGCAGGCAGAGAGUUCGCUCCCAAAGCCGUAAUAGACGGGAAAAACAUUCAGGACUAUCUUCAAGAUCAUUUUCAUAAUGCUUGCAGGCAUCUGGCACAGCGAAUGCACGAGGCUGGAGGACUUGAAAAUGAAAUUGUGAUCGGGUGGGAAACGCUAAACGAGCCGAACCGUGGGAUGAUUGGCUGGCACGACCUUGCGCAGUUCCCAAGUGAGAUAAAACUACGCAAGGGAAGUUCUCCUACAGCAUGGCAAGCUAUUCUCAACGGAUCUGGCCGAGCUUGCGAAGUGGAAACUUGGGAAUUCGGGGGCAUGGGGCCUUUCAAAUCAGGCUCGGUGUUGGUUGACCCCGAAGGUCAGAGCGCGUGGCUGCCUACCACGUACGAUGAUACUUUCUAUGGCUGGAAAAGAGACCCUGACUGGAGACUUGGGGAAUGCCUUUGGGCACAGCAUGGCAUAUGGGAUCCUGCGACUGAUGCCUUAGUUCAAAAGAAUUACUUCUCCAAAGACCCACGCAGCGGAAAGCUAAUCGAUUACGAGUACUUUACAAAUCACUGGUUCAUGGAUUUCUACCGCAGAUACCGCGACGCAAUACGGAGUGUUUUCUCAGGGUCUGUCAUAUUCUGUCAACCUCCAGUCUUAGAGAUACCCCCUGCCCUCAAAGGCUCGCCAGAUGACGAUCCCAAUAUGGUUUUUGCACCCCACUUCUAUGACGGUAUUACGUUAAUGACGAAAAAAUGGAAUAGGAUAUGGAAUGUUGAUGUCUUUGGUGUGCUGCGUGGCAAGUACUGGUCUCCUGCUUUCGCCGUUAAGAUAGGGGAGACAGCCAUUCGUAAUUGCUUUAAGGACCAACUUACUGCAAUCCAAAAGGAAGGAAUGGAUUACAUGGGCACGAGGCCAUGUGUGUUCACCGAAAUUGGAAUACCUUAUGAUAUGGAUGAUCAGUAUGCGUAUAAGACGGGCGAUUACACAAGUCAAACGCUGGCCAUGGAUGCAAACCAUUUUGCCUUAGAGGGAAGCAAUGCGAAUGGUUUCACCUUAUGGGUAUACGUCGCUAGUAACAAUCACAAAUGGGGAGAUCAAUGGAAUGGAGAAGAUCUCUCUAUAUUCUCGAAGGAUGAUCGACCACUUCCCCUAUCGCCCUUUUCUCGCAAUCAGUCGACCGCCUCUUUCGACAAUACAUCACCUUCGUUUUCACAAAGCCAAACGUCAGAAGCCCCAAGCGUCACACCUUCUACAUUGAAGGACUCGCUGUCCCCUCAUGCCAUGAGCUCCAAAACAAGCAAAAGUGCUGAACCUGGGUCAGGCUUCCGGGCUGCUGAAGCCUACAUUCGACCUACUCCAAUAACGACAUGCGGCGACAUUGUAUCAUACGGUUUUGAUCUGCGCAAUUGUGUCUUUAAGCUUGAAUUGAUCACCCCGAGUGCUACGAGUGAAAACGCGCCUACUGAAGUGUUUCUACCAGAAUUUCACUUUCCACCUGGGAACACCACCGUAGAAGUUAGCGGCGGUAAAUGGCAGAUUAACAUUGGCGAUAAAAAUAAUGGCCUCAUCCAAAUACUGCGAUGGUGGCACGCCGCAGGCGAACAAACUAUUACAGUGAAAGGCGUCAUUCAGCGGCCAGGGCUCAUGCUGGAUAAGGAAGAAGAAGCGGGCUACAUAGAGCAGUGCCAGCAGCGCAAUUGCACCCUCAUGUAAUGCAGCUUUGGAUACCUGAAGAAGCUUUAGCGACUCAAUAUCUGCAUUCUGUGGGCACUGGGCAUCGUUCUAGUCUAAAUGACGAAACUUUUAAGACCGCAAUAAUGUAUCAUUUAAGUCACAGAUUCGAGGUGGAGCACAAUCAAAUAUCCUUGUCUUUGGCGCGCGGUACGACAACGGCUGUGCGCUAGGGCUAGGUCCCCCCACAAGCAACUAAGGUCAGCUAACAGCUUGGUCGGUGAGGUAAUUUAAUUAACAGU